AUGGUAGCUAUUGUACUUUUACUGCUUGGAAUCUUAGUAAAAGCAGCAAUACAUUCUAUUGACUCUAAAAACUAUGAUUCAGCCUUAUUCAGGAUUAUUAUUGAUUAUCUCCAUACUUUGAUGAUUAUAAGAAAUUAUGAUCUAAAUUGGCCAGAAACUCUUGAGUGGGCACUGGAUACUUUUACGAUUGUGGGCUAAGCAAAUGAUAAGAUAUUCUCAAUAGACUGUUAUAUAAAAGGGAAAUCUACACAACCAGUAAUGGUAAGUAAAUUAAUUCUAGCACUGUUGGCUCCAGCCGUAGUGUUUAUUUUAAUGUACCUCCUAUGGAAUUUGUGCUGUGUGUGCUAUUUUACUCGAGAAUAAGAAAGAAAUCGUAUUCAGGGAAAAAUAUUUUCUAUAUUUGAGGCUUUGAAGGAAGAGUCCUUAAGAAUAUCGAAAAUGAUGCCAUCCAAACGAGAAGAGGUAUAGAGGCAUAUUUAUAUAUCUACAAGCGUCAUUUUAUACUUAUCUUAUCCUCUUCUCUGUAUGAAAGCAUUCAGUGUUUUUCAAUGCAUCACCCUAGAUAAGGGAGAAUAGUUUUUGUUUGAGUAAUUGGACAUCCCUUGCUGGGACAAAUAACAUUCAUUAUGGAUUUCUUUAUUAGCCAUUCCGACUAUUCUGAUCUGGAUUAUUGGUAAAACUGAUGUUUUUAAUUUUCUAAUAGGUGUGCCAUUAUUUACUUUCUUUAAGAUAUUUAGGAAAAGGAGGGAUUUAGAUAAAAAGGAAUAGCUAUAUCACUAUGGCUUUUGGUAUAAUGCUAUGAAAGACAAAUACUAUUACUGGGAGUUUCUAGGGUUUCUCAAAAAAUUCCUGUUAAUAUUAAACUACAAGAUUAUCACUAAUCAUAACGCUAUUUAUAAGCUUUCAGGUAUUAUUGGUGGCAUACUGUAUGUAAUCAUGGAUCUAUCAGGACAAGAUGAUCUAUAAUUAGAUUAGCGCGAAUACUUUAAGAAAUAAGUCUAUAGCCCUUAGAGUUAUAUGUUCAUGUGUUAUAUCAUCCUUUAAAAUCUCUACUUUUUGGUAAAUUGGGUUCGAGAAUAUAUGAUUACAAUAAAAAGUGGUAUCCUUAGAAAGAAUUGGCCUAUUUUAAUUAGAAGAAUAUGGGUUUGGAUGCUCUAUAGACCAUUGAAUUGGAGAGCAUUUAAAGUUGAUUAUAUUGGCGUAUUUGAACUCUAAAAGUUACUGCUAUAAAGUGAUGAUGGUAAAAAGAAUGAUGAGACUUUUUUUAAUAACUUGACUCAAUAGAACCUGCUAUAGACUGAGACAUAAAAUUAUUAUACUAGCGAAACAAAUACUGCUAUAGGAUAAGAGAAUGGUUAUCAACAAGCUUAGAAAAGACUUUCUUUAUUGAUGGUAGGUGUCUCUCAAAAUACUAAUUUGAUGAAUUUUUUCGAUGAAGAAAAUGGACCUAGUAAAUAACUUAAGAUUCUUAGAAAUUCAAAGGAUACAUUUAAGAAAAAUUAAAGAACAAAAAACAAAAUUAAUAGCAUAAAGUAACCGUAAAUUGGUUCGCCAUUAAGGUUGAAAAAUGAUUUUGACUUAAAAUAUGAUGACUAUCAUUUAACUAAUGCAACUAGUUUGAAAGAAAAUAGUUAAAAAGAAGUUUAAAAUGAUGUUGAUCUAAAAACGUACAUUUAAUUUUCUGAGGGUAAUUUAAUGAAAAAAAUUAUAGAUUAAUAAUUCCAGUUUGAGGACAUGUAAGCAGAAUUUAUUCAAAAGUAAAGAAUAAGGGAUUAGAGGAAAAAAUAAAGAAAAUUAAAAGGAAAAAAGCAAUAAACAUUAGUUGAAUAUUAAGAUGGAGUACAAACAACAACCAUAAUAGGUCAUUUAGGCAAUCCAAAGAGAGGACAAAGACAACUUCCAUAAAAAUUUUGGGAAAAGUAAAAAGAAAUGCUAGAAAAUAAGGGCCUUGAUCUUGAUGUAAGCUCAGAAUCCUAUAAUAUCUUCGAUGAUAGCAGUGAAUCAUCUGACAACAAAUAAAAAAUGCUUGAGAGGUAAAAGACGUUUCUAAGCCGCUAAGAAACUAUAAAAAAAUAAACUUUAAAACAAUCAAAAUCAAACUCAUCAGAAAAAUCAUAUAUUUCAUCUUCUUCGUCCUCUUCAAGAAGUCCUAAAUAAUUCUCAUCAUCAAAAUCCGACAAAUCUAAUUGCAGAAGUUAGACUUUAAAUGGUCUGGACACCCAUCUAAUAAAAGAUCCUAAUAUGCUAUUUAAUCCCUCUCCAAGAAAGUUUAUCAUUAGCAGGGCUAAUACCACAAAUUUUAUGUAAAAGAUGAUUAAUCCUCUAAAAAUGGAAAUAGUGUUAUAAUUAGCAGAUAAAAUUCAAAUAGCAAUCAGCCAAAAAUUGCUCUAAAUAAUAAUAGGAAAUUAUCUUUUCUCAUUCCAAGAAGAUCUUCUAUGA